AUGCAGACUACUACCCGGCCGAGAGAUGCUGGGGGACCAUACGUGGCGAGGAGAGGCCAUGCUCCUCAACUUUCCAUUAGUGACGACAAUCACCAUGUUACCGAAGUGCUCGGGCAUAUGUACGAAGACGACAACAACUACGCGACUAGAAGAGAAUCAGCCUCACAGAACCAUCAUAUAUCCUCUCAUCUAAGCUCUACGCUCGACCACCGCUCCCCUCCUACUGUUGAUUGGCAUCCGCAAAACUCACCCCCUGUGACAGGGCGGAAGAUGUCCAAUGAUCAUUCGGCGCCCACGGUGAACGGGCAGAUGAGACCGGCAGCGACCCACAGGAACAAUUCCUGGGAGAGACAAAAUGGGGCUUCCUCGCCCCCAGAAUUUCGCGGUAGGGCCCCAUCAGAUACAGCAACUACACAAUUCCCACUUAGCGACAUUGACUACGAGUCAAGCCCUGCUGCUGUUGCGCAAGAGCUGAGCAACCUUCAGGCACUGAGGAGGAUGUCAAUGGAUGUGACAGCGACCGGGGAUCCGGAUCUACCUUCCAUAAAUGCUGCCGGCAUGCCAGCUGCACCCUCUGCUUCUGACAGUGAAGACGACUCUUCGAGGCUUUUCUGGGUUCCUGCAAGACUGCAUCCGGAGCUGGCGCCUAUGGAGUUCAAGUCCUUCCUCGAGGGCAAGGCAGAUCAAAUCAAGCGAAGGUCCGGAGAGCUCUCAUCCUCGGCUUCUGGAGAGUGGUCGCGGUCAAGCUCCUUGAGUAGUCAAGGGGGAUCGUCAGGAGGGCUACAAAGAAAAAAGUCUAUGCUUUCUAGACAGAUCGACAAUUCUAAUGGGCGAGGGGCGGAGGGAUAUCAGGAUGGGGCCGAAAGGCUUGAGCGCAAACGUUCCAGGUCGGCGAGGAGCCAGCCGCAAGAUCCAAACCUAGAAGAGCUGGAAUCGCUUGUGACUGAUGCAGUGAAGCUAAAGCGACUCAGUCUCGAGAACGCAGACAGCCCUGGCGAGGACGUCAUCCUACCCUCUGUGCCAGGCCAGAGCUUGCGUCGGUCUACCAGAACCCAGUAUCGUCGUGGCAGUACGAAAGGGCAGCCCACACGUUUGUCGUAUGCUAGACGGGUGGGGAGAUCCGGUGCACCCGACGCUGUGGACGCUGUGGAGGAUGUCCCUGCAGUCCCGACCAUUCCUGAUGUGCCGGCUCUACCACCGUCCCAACUCGAACAGAAUACAGGUAUUUCGCGCUCGAACACGGAACAAAUGUCAGCACCUGCAAGAACGACCAACUUUUCACGUCCUGGUGGUCGGAGCCCGUCCUCUAGCUCACACACUAAAUCAGACUCUGUUCGGUCUUUCGAUUCGACACUAUACACAGGAGAACCAGCAGAUAGAUCCAGUGCACCAUCUCAGCCGCAGACGCGACAAUGGCAAUCUAGAUUGAGCACUCAUGGGCGAUCAAGCUUGCAGAUCCCACCUGAAAAUCAGACAAUCCCUCAGAUUGUUCUGGAGGCCCCGAAAACCCCGGCGGAGGAAGAGCCACUGUCUCAAACACUAUCACCUGCUCCUUCUACUUCUACUUCAACCUCAAUUCACAAUCGCCUUCCUGAGCGCACGUCCUCUCGAGAGGAAGCAAGACCUAUCUCACCUCCUCCACAGCGCGGCACUAUGAAACAGGCAUCACUACUGAACAACAAUAGAGGAAUGCCUCCAGGCUCCAGAAGUAACCAGAGUCUAGAGCAGAUGUCUUCGCACCCGUCUCCACUACCAGGCAACGACACAAACACGAGCAAUCUAUCCUUCAUACCUACGUUUUCAGAUGAGAGGAGAGGGGACGAUCGGAAACCCAGAGACAUCAAGAAAGACGAUUCCAAAAAGUCAAGCUGGGGCUGGCUGCUUGGUAAGGAAGAGAGCGAGAACAAAGACAGAAGACUAGAGACCCUACAUAGCAAGCCCAAAGCCAAAAUCAGCAAGCCACCUGAGAAACACGAUACUACCCGUCUGGACGUUUUGCAAAACUCUAUAGAAGGAGGAAAAGGCCGGGAGAGUAUUGUGCUUGACAGAAACAACCUAAAGUUAGAAGAGGAGCGCAAGAAAGAAAGUGCACGGAAGACGUCCGGAGGAGAUGGCAAGAAGGAGAAAGAUGGCCUGUUCUCCUCCAUUUUCGGUGGCGGCAAGAAACACAAAGGCGACCGAGAUUCUGCACAUAAGAAGUUUUCCCGUGGUCUUUCUCCCGAUCCACCCCACAAAGCUUUGAAGCCUGACGUUGAUUACAAUUGGACGCGGUUCUCGAUAUUAGAAGAAAGGGCAAUCUACCGCAUGGCGCACAUUAAGCUUGCCAAUCCACGCAGGGCACUCUAUUCGCAAGUGCUGUUGAGCAAUUUCAUGUACAGCUACUUGGCCAAAGUUCAGCAGAUGCACCCACAGAUGAAUCUGCCAACAAGUGCAAAACAGCAGAAGAAACAGCAACAGCAGGGUAAAGAUCAGCCAGAUGAGUUUACACAAUAUCAGCGGUACCAACAGCAGCAGCAGCCUACUGACCAGCACAAAUCACCUUAUGGAGGAUCAGCGUACGGGCCAGGUGAAGACCAUGAUGGAGACACUUCAAUGUAUGAUUAUGAUGGCGACGGGCGUCGGCCAAGCUCGAGAGGUAGUAAGCACGGUCUUGAAAACGGAGGACUACAUGGUAGUGGUUAUGGUGGGGGUUAUCAUUCCUCCAGUCAGCAUUCGGAUUUUGGAUCUUCCCUUCAAGGGGAUGAUGACGAUGACGAUAUGUGGUGA